AACUACUUCGAACAAACAUGUCAACCAUCGGAUGGUUGGCAAGGUCUCGAAACUAUUGCCAUGACCGAGGAGUCUGAAGAAAUUGCGCCUCCAGAGGUACAUCACUACAGCGACAUAGGUGAAGUUCCUUGGGAUAUUCAGAAUUACUGGAGUCAGCGGCAUCGCAUAUUUUCAAAGUAUGAAGAAGGAAUCUGGCUGACCGACGAUGCCUGGUUUGGUGUUACGCCCGAACCUGUCGCAAAUAAAAUCGCAGAGCACAUAUCUACAUCUACCCCAAAAGAUAAAGUCGUUCUGAUAGAUGCUUUUGCUGGGGCAGGCGGUAAUAGCAUAGCUUUCGCUAAGUCUGGACGAUGGAAGCGGGUGUACGCGAUCGAAAAAGACCCUGCUGUUCUUGCUUGCGCCAAGCAUAAUGCUAAGAUCUACGGCGUUCAAUCAAAGAUUACUUGGUUUGAAGGAGAUUGUUUCGAGAUCUUAAAGACGCAUUUGAAAGACCUGGGCUUCUAUAGUGUUGUCUUUGCUAGCCCUCCGUGGGGAGGUCCUGGAUAUAGGUCGGACGAGGUUUUCAACCUGCAGACGAUGGAACCCUAUUCGUUGGGCCAUCUUUAUCGAGAAUAUUCAGCUUUUUCCAAACAUAUAGUCCUCUAUCUGCCAAGGACUUCAGAUCUGAGACAACUAGCAAAGUUGGUCGGUGAUGGAAAUCAUGUGAUUGUUGAGCACUACUGCAUAGAAGGUGCAAGUAAAGCAAUUUGCGCUUACUAUGGAGACUUCAAGUUGACUCUAUCCGACUGACCGAUGUAGUUGGUAUCUACUACGCCACAUUACGGAUCAACUCCAUGGUUGACAUAGCGAAACUGACAAUAUACACGUGGGAAUAUCUUUUCGAGGGGAUUCUAUAGCUUCACUUAGAAAGUUAAAAUGUUAUUCAUAGCUAGCUAUU